UUAUGAUUGGGCUAGUCACUUGUGGUUUAUGUAAUAGCAAUUAAUAUAUUGAUCAUAGAUGAUCUAGAUAAUAAGUAACCACUCAAUACUGACGAAUUUUAAGCAUGUCUAAUGAUAUGUUAAGUAAAUGCUCAAAAUUCAAUAGAAUAUUGUAUUCUUUAAGUAAGUACCUUAACUAGUUUAUCUCUUGAUUAAGGAAGGAUAAGAUGUUUCAGAAUUUUUGAGGGAAUGGUUGCUGAAUGUAUUAGAGAAUAGUGCUACUCAUAAAACUCAGAUUCCCCCAAUAUCUUUAAAGACUUCUUAUUAAAAAAAUGA